AUGCAAGGAAUAAAAGUUAACCACGAGAAGAAGAGCAACCGGAGUGGAGCAGAAAAUGUUGAGUGCAGUGCGAUUGAAGAUCCAAAAUCGUCAGGUGCCGAAACAGUAGAUGGAAGUGCUGCCGGAGGAGCGAUGACUGGUUCGAAUGGCAUUGUGGUUCGGAGCGGGCAGGACUCGCAGUCUUAUGCUUCGUAUAUGUUGAGAAAGCCGGUGAUCUUGCCCCCGUUUGAUGGAGGUGACGGUGAUGGCGAGUCGGCGAAGGUAGAUUCUUAUUAUGAAAGUGAGAAUAAGAGUGGAGAUGGUGACACGUUGGUCGAUUUGGAAGAUCAGAUUUUGGCGGUUACUGUGCCUCUUGUUGACAUUGUGAGGAUUAUUCUUCAUUCUGGAAAAUAUGAAAAUGGUGAUAAGUUAAGUCCAGAACACAAGAGAACAAUUCUAGAAAGGUUGCUUCCUUAUCAUCCAGAGUUUGUAAAGAAGAUUGGAUGUGGAGUUGACUAUAUCACGAUUGACGACCAUCCUAAUUUUGAAGGCUCGCGAUGUUUAUUUAUAGUUCGGAAUGAUGGAGAACUGGUUGACUUCUCAUACUGGAAAUGCAUUAAAGGUUUGAUCCAAAAAAAAUAUCCUCUGUAUGCAGACAGGUUCAUACUCAGGCAUUAUCGGAUACCAUAA